AUGAAUUUUUUUUCAAAUAAGCUAAAUAUUAGGAGUACGAAAUCGGAAGUAAUUCGGAAGCCUCCUGACAAAAAUGAAAUAAACAGUAGCAAUGCUAUUGGUAAUAUUAAUAAUGGAAGCAAUAGUAACACCCUUUUAGAUCAUGAAGAUGGGAAAUAUGAAAUUAGAAAUAGUACAAAUGGUUUAUAUGAAGAUAACAAUCAAAGUAUAAAUGGUGACAUAGAUAAAAAAUCAGAAAUUUAUUAUUGUAAUAAUAAUUAUGAUAUGAAAUAUAUAUAUAUGAAUAAAAUUAAUAACAGUGUUGCAUCAGCAAGAAAUCAUACAUCAACACAUAGCAUAAACUCAUCAAGAACUCAUUCUAUAAAUCUUUAUAACCCUAAAUCAGCAAAAACAUCAAAUAUCCCACGAAUUUUUGAUGAUAAACUACCAUAUUCCCCUUUUUAUUCAAAUGCCCCAAAAAAUCUAGAAAAUGCAUCCAUUUCUGAUGCAAAUGAUAGUUGUAAAUCACAAGGGAAUUCUCAAAUAGUAGAACAAUCUAUAGAAUUAUUGAAACAUUUAAUUCAUCAAGAAAGUAGGGAACGAUAUUAUUCUGGGAAUGACACCAAUAAAAAAAAUAAUAUAUUGUUUAAAUUAGCAGAUCAAGUAAAAAAAAAUGAUGAUAAACAAGAAGCAAUGUUUGCUGAUUAUAAUAGUAACAGUAGUAAUUAUUCUAUGGAUAUAUAUAAGAAAAAAGUGGAUAUGCUAAAUUUAAAAUUUGCUAAAUUAAAAAAUGAAUAUGCAAGUUUAAAUAAUGAAAAUGCGGUACUUAAAAAACAGAUAAGAUAUAUAAAAGAUAAUUAUAAUGCUGUGGGCCAAAAAAGUUUAACAUCUGCUAUUCCAAGAGGGUUACCAAAAGAUCCUUUAAAAAUGGAUGGACAUAAUAAUAUGCAUGGUUGUGAAAAUAAAUUAAAUAAAAAUAUGCAACUUAAUACCGUUGGCAGAUCACCAUCUAUGUAUUUAUCCGGAAAAAAUGAAUGUUUUGAUAAUACAACACAAUCAAAUGGAAAUAUUUUUUGUGAUGAAUUUAAAGGUAAAGAUCCUUUACUAACUAAUUAUGGCCCAAAUAAUGUGAAUGCAAAUAAUAUUGAUGAAAGUCAACUGAAUAAAAUCAAAGACGAAGUUCGAAAAGAGUUAAGAAGCCAAAUCAGAAGUGAAAUAAUCAACGAAGUUAGAAAUGAAAUAACACAACAAGUUACAAAUCAGUUGGAAAAAAAAUAUAACGAAGAAUUGAAUAAGCUAAGAGCGAAAUGCCAAAGCAUAGAAAUAAAUAAUAUACACAAUAAUACUCAAAAUAAUCAAUUAGAUACAAUUUUAAAUAAUUGUAAAAAUAAACUUAGUGACGAAAUAAAUGAUACUGUCGAUAAGUAUAAAAUUAAUAUAGUUAAUACUUUUAAAGAAUCAUUAAAAAAUAUAUUUAGUGAAAAUGAAUAUAAGCAGGAUGAUCAAAAUAAUAAUGAUAAUGUUGAUAAUAUUGAUGAAAACAAAAAAAUUCAAAAUGAUAACAGUUUUUUCAAUUCUUUUCAAUCAUUUAAUAAUAAAAUAAAUGAAUGCAUAAAUAUUAUAGAAGAUGUGGAGAAAUUGCAAAAAAAUAUGAAAAAUAAGCAAAAUAAAAUAAUUAAUGAAAAAAAUUUAUUAUUUGAUGCUUUGAAUAAUAUAAAUUCGGAUAUAAAUGAUAUUGACAAUAUAAUGUAUAAUAUCAAUGCAAAUCUUUCCCAAGAUAAUAUUUUCCAUCAGGAACAAAUUUAUCCAGAUGAUCUUGAUUUUUUGAAAGACUUAUCUACUCAAAGUUUUAAUACUGAUGAAAACGACGCUGAUGUGGAAAACGAAUUCAACUUUCUAAAUACACAAGAAAGAAACCAUAAUGUGCACGGCGGUGAAAUUAAGUUCGUUAAAUCUGAUGAGCAAAAUGAUUAUAUUAAGGAAAGCUUAAAUAAUAAUAACCUCAAUAUGGAAUCUGAAUUAUUUUUAAAUGAUAAUAUAUCACAUACAGAAAUAAACAAGCCAUCACUUGAAAAUAAUAUUGAUAUCAUGUUUAAUAAUUUAACUAAAGAUAAUAUGAAUAAAGAAGAACGUUCAGUACUUGCUCCAAAUAAUUAUUCGGAUGAAAUAACAAAUAAAAAUAAUAAUAUAAAUCCAGGGGAAUAUUUUAAGGAUGAUAUUACAAUAAAUAAUAUGAAUGCUACCCCAAAAGAAAAUAAAAUCGAAGGAAAUAAUAAUUGUAUUAUUACUGAUAUGAAUUCUGGAGAAAAUAAAAUUAUAAUAGAAGGAAAAAAUGUGAAUUUUAUAGGAAAUAAUUGGAAUGGUAUUUCAGAAGAAUCCGAAAAAUCAAAAGAUAAGAAUAUAUAUUUUAAUAAAGAGAACACAAUCAGUAAUAUUACUAAUGAUACACCAAAUAAUAAUAUUAGUACAAAUAUUUCUGAUGAUAUAAAACAGAAAGAUGAAAAUAUGAUUUGUUCAGUUUCAGAGAAAAGUAAAGAUAAGGCAAAAACUAAAUGGAAGAGUUUUUUUUCUAAAAAGAAAAAAAAUGUGAGCAAUAAUUUUGGUAAUAAUACUGAAUUGUGGCCAAAUAACGAAAAUUGUGCAAAUAAUGAUAUUUACAAUGUAGAUGGAAAAAUCGAUAUCAUCGAUAAAGUUAAUAACAAUAAUAACAUAGAAUUUAAUUAUGCUCAAAAUAAUAAUACCGAUUUAAAUAUGGCAGCUGAUACUAUAACUAAAGAAAAUAAUGACAUUGAAACAUAUCGAAAUGAUGAAUAUAAUUCUUAUAAUAGCCCAUUUAUGGAUAUUUCAAAAAAUGAACAAAAUAUAAAUCACCCAAUUCAAUUAAACCCACAAAAUUAUUAUAAUACUAAUAAAAAAAAUUACAUCAAUGAAGUUGGAAUGCUCAAUUAUAACAAUAAUGUGCAUAAUAAUGCUAACCCUGAUAUGAUAAAUUUGGGAAACUUUUCUAACACCUCUAAUUUAAACGACCAUUAUAAUAAUGCCACAAAUAACGGUAGUAAUAAUGAGCCUAAUUAUACAGAUAACAUUAAUUUAUUCCAAAAUAAUAAUUAUAAUGUAUAUAAUAAUAACAAUAAACCGCCCACCAAAGCAUCCAAAACAUGUUCCAUUUAUGCAUAUAAUGUAAGCUAUAAUAAUGAUGAUGAUAAUAAUAAUAAUAGUAAAGCUGGAUUUUCGGAAAUGACUGAUACACAUUUAAAUAAUACAAACCAACCCAAUAACAUAAAUUUUGGCGGUGAAUCAAAUAGUCCCUAUAAUUUGUUUUACAACAUGGAUAACCAACAUAAUGAAAAUAAUAACAAUCCCUUGGUUUACUUUAAUGAAUAUAAUAAUCAACCAGGAAAUAUUCCAUCACAACAAAAUAAUUCAAAUACUUAUAAUAAUACUAUGAAUAUAAAAAGAAUGAGUACUAAUGUAGAAAAUAAAACUAGAAUUCAUACUACCAAUAUUUUCCAAAAUCAUAGAACAAGCUUAUCAACAAAAAGUGAAGUGCAUUAUAACUCAUUAAAAUCGCAAAAAAAUACGGCAAAAAAAAAUCUCGAAGAUUUAUUUGCAUAG